CGUUUUGAUUGGACAAAAAAAAAUUGGAUACACCUCUGAGUGAGUGAUGAUGCAUUCUUUCUCUGUUUACCUGGAAGAGAGCAUAGCGUGUACGUCAGCUGACUGACUUUUAGAAAUAUACUAGCAUAGAGAUGAUGGAAAUCACAGAUACUGGAAUAAAAACACUACAGUGUUGUCUUUCUAACAGAUAAACCAAUGCAUGAUGUGACCUCUUUGAUUUAGGAUACAGUCCAAGCGCCGCAUUCAUUAGUGUUUUGAAAUCAUUUCCUCGUCUGUUCGGCUUCCGCAUUCUGUGUGUGUGAGAGAGAGAGAGAUCAGGAUCGCUGCAUCGUGUCUGCGUCAUCUGGCCCUUUCAUUCAUGAAAAGUGUGACGUGAGCAGUCUCCGCUCUACCGCCGCCCACUCAGACGAUCUGCAGCUCUCUCUCUCUCUCUGUGUCUCUGUCUCUCGGCCAGCUCUUUCAGAAGGAGGAUCAUGCAUGGCAGGGACAUCAUCUGUGUGUCAUAAACCCAGACAGAAUUCAUCUGUAAAGCCUGGCCACUCAUUUCCCAUCGGGUGAGGAGGGUGUCUGCCCAUGCACACGCACGGCACCAUGGGAAGCUCCCCGGAGGUGCUGUCCUGGACGUCCUGUCCCAGCCUGCUGGUGGGGAAGCUGAAGGAGGAGCUGAAGCUCACAGUCGGCGGCGACUCCAUCAAAAAAACCAACAGUAACAUUUCUCCUCAAGCGCUGCUUCCUCCAGUGCCGCCUCCACCACAGAUCAUCUCAGACCUAGCUCCGCCCACCACCCUUCCCAUGCCACUGCAGCAGCUUCAGCCUCCCUGCAGGGAUGAUGAGCCCGGUGGCACCAGCCCUCCAUGCACCGCCCUCAGCGAGGACUCGACGCGGGAGCAGGGACACUUCGAAAACAGCGUUCUGCAGCUACAGGAGCACGAGGAGGCCGAGACGCCGGGAUCCUGUGGUCACGGAGGCUGCGGAAGUGGUGGGGAGGAGAAAAACGAUGAGGGCAGUUGUCCGAUGGACCACAGCGGAGACGACACGCACAACCAUCCGCAAGAUGACAUCAAACUGCACUUUCAUAGAGCUGGGACAGGCAGCAGCGGAUUUCUGGAGGGGCUGUUCGGAUGUUUGAAACCCGUGUGGAAUAUUAUUGGGAAAACAUACUCAACCGAGUACAAACUUCAGCAGCAAGUAGACAUGUGGGAGGUGCCGUUUGAGGAGAUCUCUGAGCUGCAGUGGCUGGGCAGCGGAGCUCAGGGCGCCGUGUUCCUCGGGAAGUUUCGCUCCGAAGAGGUCGCCAUCAAGAAAGUCCGAGAGCAGAAGGAGACUGAUAUCAAACACCUGCGCAAGCUGAAGCACCCCAACAUCAUCAGCUUCAAGGGUGUUUGUACGCAGGCCCCGUGUUACUGCAUCAUCAUGGAGUACUGUGCUCAAGGGCAGCUGUAUGAGGUUCUCAGGGCCGGUCGUAAGGUCACACCACGGCUGCUGGUGGACUGGGCCUCAGGGAUCGCCAGCGGCAUGAACUACCUGCACCUCCACAAGAUCAUCCACAGAGACCUCAAGUCACCAAAUGUGCUAGUCACUCAAAAUGACAACGUGAAGAUCUCAGACUUUGGGACUUCUAAAGAGCUCAGUGACAAGAGUACGAAGAUGUCAUUUGCGGGUACGGUGGCCUGGAUGGCUCCAGAAGUGAUCCGGAAUGAGCCGGUGUCCGAGAAAGUAGACAUCUGGUCGUUUGGGGUGGUGUUGUGGGAGCUGCUGACCGGUGAGAUCCCCUAUAAAGACGUGGACUCGUCUGCUAUUAUUUGGGGUGUGGGCAGUAACAGCCUUCACCUGCCCGUGCCGUCCACCUGUCCCGACGGCUUCAAGAUCCUCAUGAAACAGACCUGGCAGGGAAAACCCAGAAACCGGCCGUCCUUCAGGCAGAUCCUCCUCCAUCUGGAUAUCGCCUCGGCCGAUGUACUCGGGACACCACAGGAGACCUACUUCAAAUCUCAGGCGGAGUGGAGAGAGGAAGUGAAGAAGCAUUUCGAGAAGAUCAAAAGCGAAGGCACCUGCAUCCACCGACUGGACGAGGAGCUGAUCCGCCGCAGAAGAGACGAGCUCAGACACGCUCUGGAUAUCCGAGAGCAUUACGAGAGGAAACUGGAGCGAGCUAAUAACCUGUACAUGGAGCUCAGCGCUAUCAUGCUACAGCUGGAGGUGCGAGAGAAAGAGCUGCUCAAGAGGGAGCAGGCUGUGGAGAAGAAGUAUCCCGGUACGUACAAACGUCACCUGGUUCGGCCCAUUGUGCGGCCCAAUGCCGUUGAGAAGCUCAUUAAGAAAAAGAGCAGCAUGAAUCAUAAGCCCGGGACACAGCAGCCAAAGAGGCCGGAUCUGCUGCGCUCCGAUGGCAUUCCCAGCGUCGAGCCUCUUCCGGCUCCGUCCCCGUUGUCAGGAAGCCCAAAAGUGUCCACCCCGCCUGGAAAAACCCGUUACCGCAGUAAACCCCGCCACCGGAGGGCCAACAGCAAAGGCAGUCACAACGAGUUCCUAGGAGCCCUCAAAACCAACUCUGCCCCGUCCGAGGAACAGCAGCCCCUACAGGACAGGGAUCAAAGCUACCAUCCCCAUCCCCCCGCUCCGCUCGAGGGUCCGCUGUUACCAGUGCAGAACCGUGUAAUCGCUGUAGCCACCUGCGCUAACAACCUGCGCUACUUCGGCCCGGCCGCUGCCCUCCGCAGCCCGCAGACCGACCAUCUUCAGCGGAGGCUGUCCGGCUCCAGCCCUGACCUCAUCUCCACCGCCGUGGACGCUGACUCACGCCACCGCAGGUCCUCCGUCCCUCCGUCCUCGGGCUCCGGUGCCUGCUGUCAGGAGCAUCCCUUCCCCGGCUGCCUGCGCUGUCAGGAGACGCCGGCCGCUCCCAGCCACCCCGAGCUCCCGCAUUACUCCCUGCUGAGCACGGGUGAAGAAACACCGCCCGCCGUCAAGAGACCGAUGGAGCCCACGGCCGGAGGAGAAGCAUCAGGAGAGCAGUCGGGGCAGAGAUCCAGCGGCCUGCUGCACUCGCUCAGACCCCUGAGAAACGCGGGAGACGAGUCGUCUGAGGAAGAGGAAGGAGAGGUGGACAGUGAGGUGGAGUUUCCACGCAGGCAGCGACCUCAUCGCUGCAUGAGCAGCUUCCAGUCGUACUCCACCUUCAGCUCGGAGAACCUGUCGGUGUCUGACGGUGAGGAGGGGAACACCAGCGAUCACUCACACAGCGGCCCGCUGGAGCAGCUCAGCGCUAGUCAGGAGGAGCAUCUGGACGAGCUCCUGUCCCACACGCCGGAGAUCCCCAUCGACAUCUCCACGCAGUCCGACGGCCUGUCAGAUAAAGAGUGCGCCGUCCGCCGGGUCAAGACCCAGAUCUCUCUGGGCAAGCUGUGUGCUGAUGAGCACAGCUACGAGAAUCCGCUACAUUUCGGAGAUUCCGACUGUGACACGUCGGAUGCGGAAUGUUCUGACGCCACCAUCAGGAACAAGCAGCCCUGCGCACCUUCAUCCUGGUGAGCGCCGGCCUUCGGAGGAAACACGGCAAUAAUCCACACCUGACCGUCUGAUCAGCCCUUCCCAUAAUCCACCUCU